GCUGCUGCAGAGCAGGGGACCGGUGCGCCGUUUCUCCUCGCCUUGUUUGCCUCCAGUCCGGCUGUAGCUCUGACUGUCUGCACGGCGUGUGGAUGAGGCGCAGAGGGAACAACCGAGGGAACGCACUGAAAACCAGCCUGAAGAAGUCCUAUUAGCCCCCUCCGUGCUUUAUCUGCGAACCCGACCGCUGGAGACUUUAAGAAAGACUUAUCAGUGCGGGAGCAGAGCUCGGAGUUUGAUUUUUUUAAACGAGACUGGGGCGCAUCUCCGUCUCCUUGAAGUGAUCCCUUUUUUAUGCAGUCUAUCCGUAGCGCUCCCGUCGGAAGGAGCCUGGGUGCAUGCACAAGAGGAGGAGGAGGAGGAGGCGGGGGAGUAACGAUCAUUACUUUUGAACAGACCCUUCGCCAUGGAGCUAUUCGUCCGGUCCCGGGCGCGUUGGCUGGAAGAAGAAUAGAUACCUGGCACGGGAAACCCCACCUUUCUCUUCCACUGUGAGGAAAGUGGAGCAUGCAGCCGAACCCCAGCCGUCUUUGUGCGACCCGCUGUUUAGUUUCUGGGGGCCUCUUCUGAAAAAGAAAAGAAGGGAGAGACGGAGAAGAAGAAGAAGAAGAAGAAGGGGGCUCCUGGUGUUGAUCUGAGAUUCACACUCCGCGCCGGGAUCCGUAUUUUGGCACGGCGUAUACCCUCUAUGAAAAAAAUGAUUGGCGAGGCUUCUCCAAGAACUACUGAUCGUUGACGUUGCUUCAGCCUUCAGCUCUCCCUCCGCACCUCGCCGAACCGGCACUAUUAGCCAUCAGGCUCCUGGAUCGUUUGCAUACAGCAACACAAUGGCUUCUGCACUGCGGAGGUGUCCGGUGUUUCACUGCCUCCUGCUCCUUCUCUUUUGCUUUCACUGUUCACAAGGGUUCAGCCGAGCGGCCUUGCCUUUUGGGCUGGUCCGGAGGGAACUCUCAUGUGAAGGAUAUGCAAUUGAUCUCCGCUGCCCGGGGAGUGAUGUCAUUAUGAUCGAGACGGCCAACUACGGCCGGACUGACGACAAGAUCUGCGAUGCUGACCCGUUCCAGAUGGAGAACGUCCAAUGCUACCUCCCCGACGCCUACAAGAUUAUAUCACAAAGGUGCAACAACCGUACGCAGUGUGUGGUUGUCACUGGCUCUGAUGUCUUUCCCGAUCCAUGCCCUGGCACCUACAAGUACUUAGAGGUCCAGUAUGAGUGUGUUCCAUAUAAAGUGGAGCAAAAAGUUUUCAUUUGUCCCGGGACUCUGAAGAGUAUCGGCGCCGCCACCUUCCUGUUUGAAGGCGAGCAGCAGGCCGGCUCGUGGUGCAAAGACCCGCUGCAGGCCGGAGACAAAAUUUUCUUCAUGCCUUGGACGCCAUACCGCACUGAUACCCUCAUCGAAUACGCCUCGCUGGAGGAUUUAAAAAAUGGUCGCCAGACGACCACCUAUAAACUGCCGCAUCGUGUCGACGGGACGGGCUUCGUCGCUUAUGACGGUGCCAUCUUCUUUAACAAGGAGCGCACGCGCAACAUCGUCAAGUUUGACCUGCGCACGCGCAUCAAAAGCGGCGAGGCCAUCGUUAACAAUGCCAACUACCACGACACCUCUCCCUACCGCUGGGGUGGCAAGACCGACAUUGACCUCGCAGUAGACGAGCGGGGCUUAUGGGUAAUCUACGCCACAGAGCAGAACAAUGGCCGCAUAGUGGUGAGCCAGCUCAACCCGUACACGCUCCGCUUCGAAGCCACCUGGGAGACAGCUUACGACAAACGCUCUGCCUCCAACGCCUUCAUGGUAUGCGGCGUGCUGCACGUAGUACGCUCCACCUAUGAGGAGAACGAGAGCGAGGCGAGCCGGAGCCAAAUCGAUUACAUCUACAACACCAAGCUGAGCCAGGGCGAGUACACAGACAUCCUGUUCCCCAACCAGUACCAGUACAUCACCGCUGUGGAUUACAACCCCAGGGACAACCAGCUGUACGUGUGGAAUAACUUUUACAUCCUGCGCUACGACCUGGAUUUCGGGCCGCCGGAUCCCGCUGAAGUGCCAACCACCGAAGACGCCUCUGUCUCGUCUGCCAUGCCUAAGACCACAACAAUUACCACCACCACUGCCGUGUCCACUGUGAAGGGGCGCGGUGACACCACAGUGGCAGGAGCAGAUCCAAGAGAUGGCAGAGAUCCGUUUGAGGACAGCCGAGGCUUGAGUACGGCUGAGCCCACUAUCCCAGAGCUGCCUCCAACACCCAGACGCUUCUGCGAGGUGACUAGGAGGAGAGCCAUUGACUGGCCCCAGACCCACACUGGGACCACUGUGGAGAGGCCCUGCCCCAAGGGGACCAGAGGCAUCGCCUCUUUCCUCUGCACCAUGGCAGGGACAUGGUGCUCCAAAGGGCCAGACCUCAGCAACUGCACCUCCCACUGGGUGACUCAAGUGGCACAAAAGAUCCGAAGCGGCGAAAAUGCUGCAAAUUUAGCCAAUGAGCUGGCACGUCACACACAGGGCCCGGUGUUUGCCGGCGACGUCAGCUCCUCGGUGCGCCUGAUGGAGCAGCUCGUGGACAUCCUCGAUGCUCAGCUGCAGGAGCUCAAGCCCAACGAGAAGGACUCAGCUGGACGCAGCUUCAACAAGCUUCAAAAAAGGGAGAAGACAUGCAGAGCGUACAUGAAGGCGAUUGUGGACACUGUUGACAACCUCUUGAGGCCGGAAGCUCUAAAAUCCUGGAAAGACAUGAAUUCCACGGAACAAACGCACGCCGCCACGAUGCUGCUGGAUACCCUGGAGGAAGGGGCGUUUGUCCUCGCGGAAAACCUGAUUGAGCCCGCCAUCGUGAAAGUUCCCGCAGAGAAUAUCCUGUUGGAGGUGUGUGUGCUAAGCACCGACGGGCAGGUGCAAGACUUCAGAUUUCCACAGACGAGCAAGAGCGGAAUGACUCUUCAGCUGUCUUCCAACACGGUGAAAGUCAACAGCAAAAACGGUGUAGCCAAGCUGGUAUUUGUACUCUACAAGCACCUGGGUCAGUUCCUCAGCACAGAAAAUGCCACAUUGCGGGGAAUGGGAGACCUGAACAAACACAACCUCUCUCUCACUGUCAACUCCCACAUCCUGUCAGCCUCUAUUACAAAGGAGUCGAGCCGUGUGUUUGUGGCAGACCCCGUGAUCUUCACACUGGAGCACCUGGAUAAAGAACAUUAUUACAAUCCCAACUGUUCCUUCUGGAAUUACUCAGAGAGGAGCAUGAUGGGAUACUGGUCCACUCAGGGUUGUAAACUGCUGGAAACCAAUAAGAGCCACACCACUUGCUCGUGCAGUCACUUGACCAACUUUGCCAUCCUCAUGGCUCAUCGGGGAAAUGUGAGGGACGGGAGCGUGCACGAGGUUCUCCUUACUGUCAUCACCAGGAUGGGCAUUGCUGUGUCUCUGGUCUGCCUGGCCAUCAGCCUCUUCACCUUCUGCUUCUUCAGAGGUCUGCAGAGUGACCGCAACACCAUUCACAAAAACCUGUGCCUCAACCUGUUCAUCGGCGAGCUUCUCUUUCUUGUGGGCAUCAACAUGACAGAACCAAAGCUGGUCUGCUCCAUCAUCGCUGGAGUUCUCCACUUCUGCUUCCUGGCCGCGUUCGUGUGGAUGUGUUUGGAGGGCGUGCAGCUGUACCUCAUGCUGGUCGAGGUGUUUGAGAGCGAGUUUUCACGCAGGAAGUAUUACUACAUGUCUGGGUACCUCAUCCCAGCCGUGGUGGUGGGCAUCUCAGCGGCCAUUGACUACAGAAGCUACGGCACUCAGCGGGCAUGCUGGUUAAGAGUCGACAACCAUUUCAUCUGGAGCUUCAUCGGACCUGUAACCUUCAUAAUUGUGGUCAAUGUCAUCUUCCUGGUGGUGACCAUGUACAAGAUGGUGAAGCAUUCCACCUCCAUGAAACCUGACUCGUCCAGGCUCGGGGGUAUAAGGUCAUGGGUGUUAGGAGCAUUUGCUCUACUUUGUCUGUUGGGGCUGACGUGGUCCUUUGGCUUGUUCUUUCUCAAUGAGUCCUCUAUAGUGAUGGCUUACCUCUUUACCAUCUUCAACACUCUGCAAGGGAUGUUCAUCUUCAUCUUCCACUGCCUGCUGCAGAAAAAAGUACGCAAAGAGUACAGCAAAUGUUUCCGUCAGUCCCAGUGCUGCGGGGCGCUGCCGUCUGAGGGUUCCCACAGCUCAGCCAAGACAGCCACAUCUCGAUCCACGGCCCGCUAUUCAUCCGCUACUCAGAGCCGCAUCAGGCGGAUGUGGAACGACACUGUGAGGAAGCAGUCAGAGUCCUCCUUCAUCUCAGGAGACAUAAACAGCACCUCCACACUCAACCAGGGGAUGACUGGCAACUACCUCCUAACUAACCCUCUCCUUCGAACCCACGACACUAACCCUUAUAACAACCUUCUGGCAGAAACCGUGGUGUGCAACACCCCCUCUCCACCGGCUUUUCACUCCCCAGGACAGCAGUCUCUGAGCAACAGCAGGGACAUCAGUGCCAUGGACACCCUCCCCCUCAACGGCAAUUUCAACAACAGCUACUCCCUGCGAGACGACGACUAUGAGGCCGUGGGCGUUCGAGCCCCGGGUGACCUGGGGGGCCUCAACCUGGACGAUGCCACUUUUGAGAAGUUGAUCAUAUCCGAGAUUGUCCACAACAACCUCAGGCCCCGCGGGGCUCCCAAAGGUCGCGAUGCUCCACGGGAGAGGGACAGAGUCUUGCCUCCGCAGACCAGGGUGACGGUGGACCGGGGCGGGGGUGGGAGCGGGAGCGAGGAUGACGCCAUCGUGGCAGAUCACGCCGAUGCCUCAUCCCCGCAGAGAGGGAGCGGAAGAGGAGGCCAUGCAACCCUGGAGCUGCUCCUGCACCCCCACCACAAGGAGGUGCUGGAAGCCCCUCUCCUGCCCCAGAGGACUCACUCCUUGCUGUACAGCUCCCAGAAGGCCCCCAGGUGCCUGGAGGGCCAGAGCAGCCAUGGCUCUGAGACUGUUACCGCAGAGGAGGACAUGGGCUCCCAUUCACCCAGCAACAAUAGAGACUCCCUUUAUACCAGCAUGCCAAACUUGAGAGACUCCCCCUCGCCUUCAGCUUCGCCAUACCCUCCAGAAGAAGAGGAGGAGGAGGAGGAGGAGCUCUCCCCCUCACCUCAAAGCGAGAGCGAGGACGCGUAUCACAAAAGCAUGCCUGAGCUCGGCGACGCGCCGCAGCCGCUGUCCUACUACCACAUAAACCGGGGCACCAGCGACGGGUGCAUCAUCCCACCCAACAACGAAGACUGUGCGCACGACGGAGAGGCGCCCGCCGACGGACAAAUGCAGCUCAUCACCAGCCUCUGAGCGGGCGACGCUUUGUUUGCACAGGUUUUAGCAGGACGGGUGCAUCGGAGAGAGCCGGCGAGCCUGGCUCCGCGCUUCACACGCUCUUUCUGUUCUUUGUGUCAGGACAGGAAGUGAAAAGUUGUUGGGUGGGAAAAGGAAUGAAUGAAUACAUGACUUUUGCACACAGAUCUCAUUAACACACAAAACACAUCCCAUCUGAGGCCAGACAAAUGUGGACUGUGAAGGCUCUGCUGUUGGACUAAAGAGGAGCAGAGAAUGACACGUAGGCCGAGAUAAAUCUGGCAUUUCUGUUGUACUGCGAGAAAAAUCGAAGAAUAAGAGUAAAAAAAAAAAGAGAAAAAAAGGGGGAAAAAGUACUCUAAGAACUAUGAAACUCCUGACGUAUUCCUGGGGGGGCUUUGAAGAACCGGGGUCUUUUUAGUCAAGAAGUGCAGAACUAGAACUAGUGUGGCUCCACUACACAGUCAGGACUGUAAAGUUAAGAAACCACUAAUUCAGACUCAGGCCUUAUAUUUUCUCUAUUGCACAUUUAACUGUUGUCAAAGUAACAGCUGAAAAAAAUAUAUUUUGCUGUACCACUAGUGUAAAAAGUGAAAUUAAAAAAGGAAAAAAAAAAGAAGAAGAAAGGCAACCAUUCAGUAGUUCUUGCCCUUUCAAUGUUAAUAAGAUUCUUCAGACAAGGCUAAUCAAAAAUGGUGGAAAUGUGCUUUUCCUCUCACACUUGACUUGUUGUAGUAUGUUUGAAUAUGAGAAAAUCAUAAAAAAAAAAAAUUUUGGGAGAUACAAAAUCCAUAUGAAAUCAUCAUGCUCACGUCUCUGCUUGUGAAGUGCUUUUUGCUUUCAUGAAUGAUGAGUUUUCGCCAGUAGUUAAUAUUUGUUAACACCGGGCCAUGCACAGAUUUGGAGUAAAAUUGGAUCCUCGUGUAAUUUAUUUUACUUGAAAGAAAGAAAUUGUCGGGUUUCUGAGACUUUUUUUUUUUUUUUUUUGAUGCGACGUCGAUGCGAUAUUGCAGUUUUUGAGGACAUUUCAUCCUUUGACACGAAUUAAUUUAUUAAUUAUUCCAAGAAAAGUGUUAAAAAACAAAAAAAGAACAUGGUUGGGAAGUGUGAAAAGUUGUUGCAGCACUGAUUAGGUUCAUUUUAUUUCUUUUUGUAAGAGCCCAUCAUCAGCUGGUAUUUAAUUCAACUCCUGUUUGAUAUCAAAUAAAUGUGAAAUUUUUUCUUGUUCGCA